AUGUCAGCAAAGGUCAAGGCAGACGACAUCUUCAACCUCGAGGAAGCUGAUUCAGAGGGCUCCGGUUACGAUUCCGAGGAGCAGCAGACCACCAAGAAGGCUUCUUCUAAGAAGGUCACUAAGACCACCGCCAGCAGAAAGAAGACCACCGCCGUCUUUGGUCUGGAUCAGGCUGGAGAAAGCGAUGACGAGGAUGACUACAGUUCACAGGACGAGAACGCCGACGAGGAGGAGGAGAAUGACAAGGAGGAUACCACUAUUACAGCAUCCAUGGACUCGAGGUUCAAGCUCACCGAUGACAACAACGAGGACGGCGAGGAGGAGGACGGUUCAAAGCGGGUACGUGGCGCCAAGAAGACGAAAAAGGUCAAGCCUUUGACCCUCGAGGAGUUGGAAAAGUUCCAGGCUGUUCGUGACAAGACCGGUAUCGUCUACCUCUCCAAGAUCCCUCCCUUCAUGAAGCCUGUCAAGCUGCGUCACUUGCUGGGCGCCUUUGGAGAGCUCGGUCGUGUCUACCUUGCCCCUGAAGACGCAAAGGUGGCAGCGCGUCGCAAAAAGUAUGGAGGCAACAAGAAGCAGAACUUUACAGAGGGAUGGGUUGAAUUCAAGGACAAGUCGAUUGCAAAGCAGGUGGCCAAGUCUUUGAACGCGACCAUUAUUGGCGGCAGCAAGAAGAGUUUCUACCACGACGAUAUGUGGAACAUCAAAUACCUCCCCAAGUUCAAAUGGGACCACCUCACCGAGAGAAUCGCGUACGAGAAUGCAUCGAGGGCACAGAGACUGCAGGCAGAGAUCAACCAGGCGAAGCGCGAGAACAAGUCGAUUUUGACCAACAUUGAGAAGGCCAAGAUGAUCAAGAACAUGGAGGAGAAGAAGGCAGCCAAGCGACAGGCGAGCGAGAUGGACUCUACACCCACCGCAUCAUCAACAGCAUCUUCAAAGAGCCAGGUGACGACAGCAGAACCCAAGAUCCGUCGUUCAUUUAAGCAGCGUCGUCUGGGAGAGAGCAGCGAAUCUACAUCAGCAGCAGCACCAGCCAAGCCAGUGUCGGGCAAGAUCAAGAGCGUCCUUGGCAAUGUCUUUGGAAGGUAG